GGACCUGGGGAGAUGCUGGUUUGUGAAACAUUGUUGGAUCUACAGAUUGGUUCGAGUGAGCAAAAGCUAUCGUUCAGUCAUAAGAGCUUGCAUGGAAGAUUCACAUCAGAUGGCUAUUUCAACACGGGACCCAGUAAUGCAUUUGCAUCACAGUACACAGGUCUCUAUUCUGUCUGCAAUGGAAUUGAUCUGGAAUCUAUGUGAAAUCAUGUUCAUUGAAGCAGCACCAGCUGGUCCCCUCCUGUGUCACCUUCUUGACUGGGUUCGUCUUCAUGUGUGUGAUGUAGACAACAUGGUUUGUGAAGUUCUGAGGAAUGAAAGUCCAGCAAAGCAUGAAAACUUCUGGAAUGUGGUGACUAUCUUCGUACUUCAGGGUCGGAUGGACGAGGCUCGACAACUACUCUCUAAGGAAGCCAAUACAAAUCCCACUUCAGUGAGCAUGUGCAAAAUUUUGGACGAGCUGAUGAAGAAGAUGCCUGUUCCCAGUCUUGGACACACCCAGACUUUGACGGAGCUGGAGCUGAAAUGGCAGCACUGGCAUGAGGAAUGUCAGCGGUUCUUGAAAGAUGGCACAUUUGCUUCCCACCCUCACAUGGAGACCCUCUGCAAGAUCCUACUGGGAGAUGAAAAAACCAUUUUAGAGAAGAAAGAUCUCAUGACGACCUGGUAUCACUUUCUGGUAACUCGCCUGCUGUACUGUCAUCCUACUGUGAAGCAUGUGGAACUGCAUCUCUAUGCCCAGUCCAGCCUGGACCUGUUCCUGGGAGGUGAAAGCAGUCCUGAGCCUUUGGAUAGCAUCUUACUGGCAGCAUUUGAAUUUGAUAUCCAUCAAGUGAUUAAAGAAUGCAGCAUUGCCCUGAGCAACUGGUGGUUUGUAGCCCAUUUGACAGACCUGCUGGAUCACUGCAAUCUCCUCCAGUCUCACAACCUUUAUUUUGGUUCCAAUAUGCGUGAAUAUCUCCUGCUGGAAUAUGCUUCUGGACUCUUCUCUCAUAAUAGUUUAUGGCAGCUUGCAGUAGACUAUUUUGACCACUGUCCAGAAUACGGCAGAGCAUACUUGGAGCAUCAUAUUGAACGGAUUCCUCUAGACACAGAACAUAAAGCCCUCAAAAUACUGAGGAUUUGUGAGCAAAGAAUGAUUAGUGAACAAGUUCGUAGCAUCUGUAAAACCAUGGCCAUGAAAGCUGUCCGGAACAAUCGUCUUGGCUCAGCGCUGUCUUGGAGUAUCCGUGCAAAAGAUGCUGCUUUUGCUACCCUCAUAUCAGACAGAUUUCUGAAGGAAUACUGUGAAAGAGGAACCUUCUCAGACCUGGACCUCAUUGAUAACUUGGGACCAUCCAUGCUGCUCAGUGAUCGACUGACAUUUCUUGGGAAAUAUCGGGAAUUUCAUCGGAUGUAUGGUGAGAAGCAAUUUCUUGCAGCAGCCAAGCUGUUGUUAAUGUUGAUGACUGCUCGUAUUGCUCCGUGCUCCUUCUGGAUGACUUUGUUAACUGAUGCACUUCCUCUCCUGGAACAGAAAGAGGUGAUCUUCUCUGCUGAUCAGACAUAUGAAUUGAUGAGAUGCUUAGAAGAUGUAACAGCAACAGAAUCAAAAAAAGAGAAACUUCAGGAUGAUGAUGCUGAGACUAUGAAGGUAGAGAUGCUGAGGCUUGCCCUUGCACGCAACCUUGCACGCGCUAUUGUAAAAGAAGGGACAUUAGAAGAACCAUGAGAGUAAUGGAGCAAUAUGCAAAAUUUGCUUUGUUGAUUUAUUGUACAUACCAUGGUUGUUUUCUUCUUCUAGGAAUAAACAUCAGAUUUUGCA